CUGAAUAAAAAGGCUCCACAUACACACACACAAGCAUACACGCGCUCACACAGAGAGAAAAUCCUCUUGCCUGUUGAUUUAUGGAAACAAUUAUGAUUCUGCUGGAGAAUUUCUCAGCUGAGAAAUAGUUUGUAGCUACAGUAGAGAGGCUCAAGUUGCACAAGGCAGACAACAGACAUGGAAUUCUUGUGUAUCCAGCUGUUAUCAACAGAACAAGAAGAGGUCAAUGACCCAGGAGCAACAAUCAACUCAAGAUUUAAUUUUCAUUAUGUUAUUCAUGAACACCCGGAGCACUACACUAUAAUGCGCAAAUGGAUACUGACAUGGAUCCUGCCAACUUUGCUCUACAGAUCAUGCUUUCACAUUAUCUGUCUAGUGGGCACUAUAUCUUUAGCUUGCAAUGACAUGACUCCAGAGCAAAUGGCUACAAAUGUGAACUGCUCCAGCCCUGAGCGACAUACAAGAAGUUAUGAUUACAUGGAAGGAGGGGAUAUAAGAGUGAGAAGACUCUUCUGUCGAACACAGUGGUAUCUGAGGAUUGAUAAACGAGGCAAAGUCAAAGGGACCCAAGAGAUGAAGAACAGUUACAAUAUCAUGGAAAUCAGGACAGUGGCAGUUGGAAUAGUGGCAAUCAAAGGGGUGGAAAGUGAAUAUUAUCUUGCAAUGAAUAAGGAAGGAAAGCUCUAUGCAAAGAAAGAAUGCAAUGAAGAUUGCAACUUCAAAGAAUUAAUUCUGGAAAACCAUUACAACACAUAUGCAUCAGCUAAAUGGACACACAGCGGAGGAGAAAUGUUUGUUGCUUUAAAUCAAAAGGGGGUUCCUGUAAGGGGGAAAAAAACGAAGAAAGAACAAAAAACAGCCCACUUUCUUCCUAUGGCAAUAACAUAAUCAUAUAUGGUAUAUAAGAAACCAGUUCCAGCAGGGAGAUUUCUUUAAGUGGACUGUUUUCUUUCUUUUUCUCUUUUCUUUCCUUCUUUCUUUUUUUUUUUUUAAGUAACCAAGAAAGGCUGGAAAACUACUGAAAAACUGAUCAAGCUGGACUUGCGCAUGUAUGUUUAUUUUAAGAGACUGCAUUAAAGAAAGAUUUGAAAAAUAUACACAAAAAUCAGAUUUAGUAACUAAAAGUUGUAAAAAAUUGUAAAACUGGUUGUACAAUCAUGAUGUUAGUAAUAGUAAUGUUUUUUUCUUAAAUUAAUUUACCCUUAAGAGUAUGUUAGAUUUGAUUAUCUGAUAUUGAUUAUUUAAAUAUUCCUAUCUGCUUAUAAAAUGGCUGCUAUAAUAAUAAUAAUGCAGAUGAUGUUAUAUAAGAUAUGUCAGACAUAAAGGCUGCUGGAAUGAUUUGUCAGAUAAUCAAGCCAAUACUAACUAUUGAAGAUGGGCAGUAUUUGAAAGGCUUUCUGGUGAAAAAUUAUAAUCCAUAUAAAUCUAAUCAGAAAAGAGAAUAUUCUCAAAAAUUCUAUGGAGUGGAAUCAAAUAGGUAGUUUUAUGAAAGUAUUAUAUUAGAAUAUGCUUGUAUCUAUUAACAAGAAGAAAAUUCUAAUGCUGCUCAAACUGAAAGGGUAUUGCUAAAAGGAUGUUUUCAAAAAUCUUGUAUGUAAAAUAGCAAUAAUGAUAAUACUGUACUUCAUCUCACUUGCCACAAAAUAACAUCUUAUAAUCCCUAAAAGCAAAAUUGAGAAAUCUUUACAUUUUUUUCAAGUAACAUAAUCUAUCUUUUGUAUAAUUCAUAUUUGGGAAUAUGACUUUUAAUAAUGUUCUUCCCACAAAUAAUCAUGCUUUUUCUCUGUGGUUACAGCAUUAAACUCUAUUUUAAGUUGUA